AGACUAAAGAUUGUUUCCUUUGUUUUUUGUCCCGAACCGACGAAAUGCGCCGCAUUUUCGGCACAUAUUUUAGCAAUUAAGUCCGCCGUCCCAUUGUGAAUCGAACUGAAAGUAAGAGGGGAAAUCAAACAUUGAGAUUGGGUCUAUGAUUCGGUGAGGUUUUGGCGCUAAGUUCACGACCAUCUGCCUGUUGUGAUGGUGGUAUGCGAUUGAUAAAACCAACGAUCUCCACUGUGGCUGCACGUCCAUGAAAAGAAGAAGGAAUCGCACGAUGGAGCUGGGGCCGCUGCAAGUCAACACCUCCGGCACCACACGGGGAGGAGUGUCCUGCGGAGGGUCAUCAGCCGGGGUUCAACGCCCUAGUUCUGCCUUGGGACUGAUGACCUCGCCUUCCCCCUUGAGCCCCUCCGCCCCCUCUCAGUGUCUCAGCCCCACCAGUAGCGGCAGCUCCGGAAGCAGCAGCAGCGGGGGGCAGUCCUCCGGCGUUUACAUUAUCCACCAUGCCCAGCGUCACACCAACGACUCCUUCCUUGCCAUGGACAAGAUGCGACAACAGGGGGCGCUGUGUGAUAUCGUCCUGAAGGUUGCGGAUAAUGAGAUCAGAGCUCAUAGGCUGGUCCUUGCUUCAUGUAGUGCCUAUUUCCAUGCAAUGUUUACAAGUGAUAUGUCAGAAUCCCAUAGGUCAGAGGUCACGCUCCAUGAGAUUGACCCCGAUGCCGUCAAUCAGCUAGUCUCCUUUGCAUAUACUGCUGAGAUCAUGAUUGGAGAGAGUAAUGUCCAGGCUCUACUCCCAGCGGCCAGCCUACUUCAGAUGGAGAGCGUCCGAGAUGCUUGCUGUAAGUUCCUAGUUGGUCAGCUUGACCCGACAAACUGUUUAGGAAUCCGAAGGUUUGCAGACACACACGGUUGCUAUGAUCUAGAGCAGUCAUCCAGACAGUAUGCUCUGUAUAACUUCUGCCAUGUGGUCAAUACAGAGGAAUUCCUACAGCUUCCACAACAGGAGGUUGAGCAGAUGGUGUCUAGUGAGCAAUUGAAUGUUACGUCGGAAGAAGAAGUAUUCAGUGCUGUUAUACAAUGGCUUCAAUUCAAUGAAGAAGAAAGAAAAGACUCAGUCAGUCAGCUGUUGCGAUGCGUCAGGUUGCCCCUCCUGAAUCGAGACUUCCUCGUCACACAAGUGGAGGCACAUCCUAUUGUCCAGCAGUGUAACGGGUGCAAAGAUCUCCUAAUAGAGGCCAUGAAAUAUCAUCUAUUACCAGAACAAAGAUCAACUCUCCAGUCCCCCAGGACGAGGUUACGCCAGAAUCCUUCUCAAGUGCCAGUACUAUUUGCAGUAGGUGGAGGCAGCCUAUUUGCUAUACAUAAUGAAUGCGAAUGUUACGACCCUCUCCUCAACUCAUGGAGACCCAUGCCAACGAUGAACGCCCGUCGAGCCAGGCUCGGAGCUGCAGCCAUCGGCAAGAUCAUAUAUGCCAUAGGAGGCUAUGAUGGCUCACAUGACCUGGCUUCAGUGGAGUGCUUCAACACCCAAACACACUCCUGGUUCGAGCUUGCCCCACUUGGCACCAAGCGCAGCUCUCUGGGUGUGGCCGUACUAAAUGGUCUUAUCUACGCUGUAGGUGGGUACGAUGGUGCGUCUUGCCUGAACAGUGCUGAACGAUACGAUCCUCUGACCAACUCCUGGACGUCGAUAACACCCAUGUCAGCCAGGAGGAGAUAUGUCAAGGUUGCUGCUUUGGGUGGAUGCUUGUAUGCAGUAGGGGGUUAUGAUGGAUCCACUCACCUCUCGAGUAUCGAGAAGUACGACCCACGGACAAACACCUGGACCUCCAUCCCAAACAUGAUCAACCGACGAGUCAGUAUGGGCGUGGCCGUCAUAGCCAAUCAGCUCUUUGUCGUCGGAGGAAGCGAUGGAGCCAUGUGCCUGAGCAGUGCGGAGAGCUUCAAUCCCGAGAUAAACCUCUGGGAACCACUGCCCUCUAUGUCAAUACGAAGGAGCACCCAUGAUGCAAUAGCUCUUGAUGGCCAGCUCUACGUUGUCGGGGGUAACGACGGAAGUAGUAGUCUGAACAGUGCAGAACGUUAUGACCCAAAGACACAUCGCUGGACGACGAUAUCGGGCAUGUCAACGAGACGAAGUAGUGUGGGAGUGACGGUUGCCGACAUCGUCGCAUCGAGGGCGUCGCACAAUAGCGUUGCCGAGCAACAGUUAUAGCCUCGUGACCAAGAACAUGAACUGAACAUUCUUAAAACACGGCAGUCUGACUAGCAUGUUUAAUGUUAUUUAUUUGAAGCAAUGUAUUGUGGGAUCAACAGCUGUAAGUAUGUGUUUGCUAUGUGUGCUCUAUUACAAAGUGAUAUGCCAUGUGGCUUAUUUGUGUCAUGUGACUCCGAAUACAUGUCAUGUGACUCUGCAUACAUUUCAUGUGACUGUGAAUUCAUACCCUGUGAUUCUGAAUUUAUGUCAUGUGUCUCUGGCUUUGUCAUGUGACCCGGUGUUCAUGUCAUGUUACUCUGGAUGUAUAUUAUGUGACUCUGAAUAAAUGUCGUGUGACAGAAUUUGUCAUGUGACUGAAUUUAUGUCAGGUGAUUCCUUACUCUGUACCAUGUUACUUGCUAAAUUCAUUUUCAUUGUGUUAUUUAUUUCAUUUUGUGGCUGCUUAUGAAACAACGCAUCUUUGAGUCAAAAUCUAAAAUUCCUUGUCUUGUGACAUUCUGGUGUUGUUUAUUGACACAAUUUGUAUUUGAUGACACAAUAUGUGGUUGAAUAUGUGAUUUUUUGGAGUUGAUAUUUGAAAGAUGGAGUAGUUCUGUGCUUGUUAUAUUCCCUAUGCAGGGGAUUAAGAAACAGUAUUAAAUAAUGAGUGAAACAUGAAAGAUUAUGAGAAUCAGGGACUUAUAUAUGCUUGGGGUCAAAGCAAAUUGGAUGGCCUUUUUUUUAUUCAUUCUUUCUCCCUAUUAUUACAUAUUUUCUUGUUUAUAUUAAUUAUAAAUUGCAGGCAAAAAUUUUCAGGCAAAAUCUGUGCAUAACGAGUGUGAGAGUUGAAUUUUAGAUGAUUUCAGCUUUUUUCAAAUUUAUUUUUAUUUUCAGCUUUAAGCUCAUACAAAAGUAUGGGAGCUCUUCCAAUCUAAUUUUGUCAACACUUAAGCUUUUUGCCAACGUUCUUCAGCUUCUUGAACACUUCAACCUUUUUUAACACAUCAGCUUUUUUCAGUUAUUUUUUAUUUGUGAUCACUUAAGCCCCAUAUGUCUUGUUAAAACAUCUAGCUCAGUGAUUAGAUACAGUGCAAGUAUAUUAAUUGUGCAACAAAUGGCAUUUACGUUAUAGAGUAUGCUUUAUUUUUAUAUCUUGUUUGAUAUUAUUGCAUCAGUGUGACUUGUUGGCUUUAUCGGAAGUAUUUUGCAAUGAAUUUUUAAUAUCAAGUUGAUCAUAGUGCAGGAAAUAAUACCAACUGUAGUCCCACCUACUCUUCUUUGUGUCGGUAGUCAUGCAAUGCUAUGUCAGUACCUCAUUUUUUGUCUUGUCAAUCUCAUCAUCAUCAUCAACUGAAUAGAGGAAAUUUAUUACUCCUUUUAUUUGUGUAUUUUUUUUUUGGGGGGGUAGGCAGUUGAUUUGAUAUCAACUCUUUCUCGCGAUGGUGACAUGCCUAACUUUUUUUCAUAUGAAAGGUGAACAUUAGGCAAGAGAUAAGAAUGUUGGAAAAUGAUUAAAAAUCCACUAUUUGAAGCCAAGCCCAAAGUUUUUGCAGUUUUGAGUUCAGAAAUUGUUAUGAAAGGUUUAUCUUUAUUUUGAUUGCUUUUAGCAUCCCAGCAAAAGUGAAAGCUUCAGUAGUGACCUCGUGGGAGAAUCGGCCCUUUGGAUAUCUGAUUUGCCAGCUGAAACGGCACUUGGUUAAAGAAAUCAGACUGAUAUUACAUAUUUCAAACACAGGUUACAUUUAUUUGAUCAAAUGUGAUUUGAAAAUGGGGAAAUAUAAAAUACAGAAAAACAUUUGAGUAUUUUGCAUACAUGGAAAUAAAUUGUUAGAAGCCCCCCCCCCCCCCACAUACGCACAUGCACAAAAAUAUUGAGAUUUCCAUUUCCAGUUUUCAGUCUGCCAUUUGUUAAAAUAAAAAUUUACAUCUUGGCCCUAGUCAGAGAGUAAUAUUUUGGAAAGAUAUUUCCACCUAUCUAUAUAAUUAGAAGUUGUUUUCAGAUUCAAUAUUCAUUUUCCAGUUUAUUUUUGUCUCGCUCACAAGAGGUGAAGGUGAGACUUAGGGAUCCAAAUGUCGUCCGUCCGUCACAAACCUGUAAUGACACAUAACUCCACAACCAUAAGUCGCU